UGAAAAGAUUUUAAACAUCAAAUGACUCCUUUGAGUGGAGUUCAUCUACACAAAGAUUGCGAGAAAGGUUAAACAAAGCCCGGCUACGGGCAUGACCGUUAACCCUCGUACUACGCCAGCAGGAUCUGGAAUGAAUAGCAAACAAGAUGAGUCUAAGCAAGAUUCUGAACAAAAUGAAGAUAAAAAUUCUGAAGAUGUUGAUAUGCAAAAGACUUCAGGGGGAUUAGAUGAUGUGGAAGAGUUGUUAGAUAACCUAAAUCUCGAAGGUGAGGUUGAAAGUGAUGAGACACGAAUUACAGAUGCUGAUUAUGAUGAAAACGGAAUUCCUGUUUUUCCACAUGAAUUGCUUGCAAAACUUGACGAAAUGGUAAACAAGCCAAAGUGGAUUAUUCCUGUCCUGCCCAAAGCAGAACUUGAACUGCUAAUGGAUGCUUCAAUAAAAUUGGCCAAAAAAGGCUUAGACACCCAGAGUGAAGCAUGUCAACGUUUCAUCAAGGAAGGAAUGACAAUUUCAUACAACAAAAUCCUUCUUGACGAUGCAGUAAGCACGUGGAAAUUUGAAAUACAUAAAUAUAUUUUGAGGAAUACUGAGAAGCUUCUGGAACUCUGUGUGGUCAAAUUAGAACAAGAUUGGUUUCCUCUGCUUGACUUAUUGGCAAUUGCAUUGAAUCCCAGUUCUCGUUUCCACUUGUAUAAUGCUGGAAGAACACCAGAAUCAUCACCUACUACUGGAAUGGAAGAACGACCUGUAUUUGCAAGACCAAGUGAUCCACGGCAGCCUAAGGGAUGGGUGGUUGACCUGGUGAACAGAUUUGGAAAUCUAGGCGGCUUUGACAAGCUGAAGAAAAGAUUUUGUGAAAUGGGCCAUUUAAAUGUGCCUAUAAUCUGUGCUCUUAUCAAGCCAUUUGGAUUAUGUGCUGAAGUACUUGCUGAAAAGGUUGUUGAAGAAUACCUUUUACCCAUUGUGCACAUUAUAAAAAAAUUCUUAGAUUCUCUUACUGACGAAGUUUUAAAAAAAGAAUCUAAGACUGAAUCUAAAAAUGAAGCAAUUACUGUCAUAAUUAAGAGCAUGAAAUCUAUCGUUGCUCGUCUUCCUGGUCAAGAGGACUUUUGUAAAGAGUUGGAAAAAUUGAGGUUGCUAAUGAUUUUAAGGUUAUUGCAAGUAUCUCCGUUCAAUGGUAAAAUGAACGCAUUGAAUGAAAUCAACAGAGUAAUCAGUAGUGUUUCAUACUACAGUCAUCAUCGUCAUUCUGGAUAUGAUGAAGAUGAGUAUUUAACGCAUGACAUGGUUGCUAAAUGGUUGCAAGAAAAUGAUGUUCUUGUCACCGUACUAAAAGACAACCUGCAUCAACCACAAUAUGUUGAAAAAUUGGAAAAAAUUAUAAGAUUUACUAUAAAAGCAAAAACUUUAACUCUGCAGGAUUUAGACACAAUAUGGCUUGCUCAAGUAGGAAAACAUGAAGCUAUUGUAAAAAAUAUUCAUGACUUGUUGGCAAAACUUGCCUGGGAUUUUUCUGCUGAACAGUUGGAUCACCUAUUUUCAAGAUUUCAGGCUAGUUGGAAAUCUGCAAACAAAAAACAACAAGAAAAAUUAUUGGAACUCAUACGUAGACUAGCUGAAGAUGACAAGGAAGGUGUCAUAGCUCAUAAGGUGCUUGGUUUAUUAUGGCAGCUUGCCCACAGCGAUGAUCUCCCAACUGAUAUAAUGGACCAAGCGUUAAACGCUCACAUCAAAAUCUUGGACUAUAGCUGCUCACAAACACAAGACCGAGACAACUUAAAAAUAGGAUGGAUUACUCACUGUGUGGAUGAUUUAAGGGAAGGAGUGUGGGUAAUACCAGCAUUGAAACAGAUCAGAGCAAUUUGUGAAUUGUUUUAUGAGGGUUCUGGACAAAGCUCGAACCCGCAUGUUUUGUACCGAAAUGCAGUGGUAGAAAAUAUUCAAAACAAGCAUGCUGUUGUCAGUUUGGUAGCAGAAAAUUUAGCAAAAUACAUGGAUAAAAUAAGAGAAAUACAUAAAAAUGAUCCAACGAUCGAUCCUGUAAAUUUAAUACCUGAUGGACGAUACAGUCAUGUUAUGCAGAUUCAAGAGAGACUUGAUUUUUUAAGGUUUGUGUUGAAUGAUGGAAAAAUGUGGUUAUGUGAGCCUCAAGCAGAACAGAUUUGGAUUUGUUUGGCCAUAAACUGUGCUUUUGCAGUGGACAGAGAUGUGUGUUUUAAGUGGUUUUCAAAGGUGAUGGGAGAUGAUCCUGAUCUAGACCCAGAGAUAACAAAACAAUUCUUUGAAAAUAAUGUUCUAAAAAUCAGCCCAGCGAAUUUGAAUGAGCAUGGGUUAAGGUGUUUUGAAAGGUUUUUUAAAUAUGUGAACAUGAAGGAAGGCUUACUUCAGAAAAAGAGGAAUGGUACCUACAUAUUGGAAAACGUAAAUUUGAUUGGUUAUGAUUAUUUAUGGAAGGUUAUCAUAGAAUCUCCUCUUAACAUUGCAAAUCAUGGUAUUGAAAUUCUCAAGGAAGUUUAUACAAAUUUUGGUAUUCACCUUCGAACAAAACAGAGCGACAUUCAUAGCAUAUUUAUCAGUAACUGUCGAGAGCGUCUACAGCCAUCCGAGAAGGUGUUGAUCAAUAGUAAUCCUGAUAAGGAAGAUACCAGGAGUGCUGUUUGGCAAGAAGCAAAAAAAAUCAUGCUAUGUCUAAAAACAUUACGGGAAUACGUUGCAGCAUCAGACAAUAAUUAUGGUGAAGAACGAGCUUUGCCACCUCAUAACAGAUCUUGUCGUGCUGACCAAGUCUGCUUAUAUAUUCGUUUCACGCCUCAAAACAGACAAUUUGAGGACUUUGAGUUAUGGACACACACUAAUGAACCACUAGCUCUCAUCAGAAGACAAAUACAUAGCAGGUUGAAAAUGUCAGCGCAAACUGUCAGGCUAGACAUUUACAAUAAUGGUGAACUCAUCAGUCCUAUCAAUGAUCGAAAAUUAGUCGGUGAAUUGCAAAUAAAAGAUAGAACAGUGUUCACAAUUAAACUUGGUUCCAUUGGAGGUAGUGUACCAUCAUCUCCCGAUUCGUCCUCAGAUUCAUCACCACCACCAACACCUCAACCUUGUGAUGGACCAAAUAUAGAAGCAGAACAACUUCUCCCUGGUGUUAUUCUGUCAAAAACCAAGUUUGCUCAAGUUUUGUUUUCCCUCGGCGAAUUGGCAACGAAAUUCAAAGCUCCUGAAUUGCGGGAUAUCAUUCUUAGUUUACUGAAUAUAUGUCCAUCAGAUAUUGAAACAAUUAAUCAAAUCAAGUUGGUUUGUCAUGAGCGUGCAAUAAAAGGAAAACAAGCUUCACAAAGUUUAGAAAAAUUCUUUUUAUCUCAAUCUCCAAUACAAGUUCUGUAUAACCUUGAGGUCAUAUAUGCUUUGCUCUUACCAGCUACUGAUCUAACUGAUCAUUCUGCACUAUCCUUUCAACAAGAAUUUGUUCUGGCAGGGGGUGUUGACUGUAUAUUAAAAAUGUUUACUGGAAAUAACUUUCUGCAAGGAGCAGAUGGGUUAAUAAAAAGGUCUUCAUAUACCGUUCUUUUAAAGAUUUCAAAGUUUUUAUUCACUGCAAUUGGUUAUGCUCACAUUACUGUUGUAGUAGAGGGUUUGCAAAAAGAUGCUGGAAAAAUAACUCAGGCACAGCAUUCUUAUGCAGUAGUUCUGCAGCAAGCUAUUCAGCACAUACCGAAUACUUAUUAUGAAUAUGUUCUCCGCAGUCUUGCAGGUAAACUGGGUCAAAUUUUAGCAACAAAAGCAAUUGCGCAUAUGCCAGAUAUACAUGUGGUUCGUGUUAUUCAAAGAAUAUGUUGGGUGUCUGCUGUUGGUCAUAUUUCGUUACUCCAAUCCGAUAUUACUGAUAUACAUAGACACUAUGAAAAUGGAAAUAAUAUGCCAGUUAAUCUUGAAGAUAUAACCUUAGCAAAGGAAGCUUUUGAAGUUUUAACUAUUGCAUUAGCAUUAUGUCCAACCAUUCUGGAAUUACUGAUUCGUGACAGAACCUGGCAUCUAUUCAUUAUUGAUGUUCUGUUACUUUGCAAGAACAGGCCACUUCGGUUAACUGCUGCAGAACAGUGCUUUCAAAUAGCGAGUAGAUGUUGCAGUGGGGACAAACCGUUGAAAUUUUUUAUACAAUUACUCUUCACUGUUCGUGAUAACAAAGUGUUAGAUCAUCCACAUCAAUCGGCAGAAUAUUUCAACUUGUUGUGCAGACUUUUAAAUUAUGGAAGGAGUGUUGACUUGCAGCUGCAGAACGCAACCAAAAUAUUGGAGCAAGAAAUAAAAUGGAUCAGAUUAGUUCAGCACAAAUAUCGAAAAACACCUGACAGUGAAUCAGCGGUUGUGGAACAUGAAUUGCUUGAGGGACAUCUUGGAAUUACAAAGGAACUUUUAGCAUACCAUUCAAUACAGAAACGCUACAGUAUAGGUUGUGAAGACGGGGGAGAUAAAUUACUUGUUAGUUUGAUCAAUGAUUUCAUAUUUUCUGCAUCCAAACUGGAAGUGAUAUCAAGGACAGGAGGAGAUGUAUGCAAUCAACAUAUUAAUCCAGUUUGCAAUACACCACCUUCAAUAGUAGCCGCACUGGACUUGCUUGUCGCAUUGUCAACAAACUGUGUACAGAAUCUACGCUUACUGGCCGACAGCUUGGCUGAGUUAUAUUACUCUGGUUACGAUGGCAUAUUAGCUGAGUGGGAGUACCAGCCACCAAUUGGACCCCGACCUGUGAAAGGGUUUGUUGGACUGAAGAAUGCUGGUGCAACAUGUUACAUGAAUUCAGUCUUGCAGCAGUUGUACAUGAUACCAGAAAUAGGAAGUGGUGUCCUUUCAGCAGAUGUUGGAUAUAAAGAUGAAGAUGAGGAAGGUGAUCAGGAGAAAGGAGUUAAGGAGAUAUCUGAUAUUAAGGAAGAUCAAGCCACCAGUGGUGAUUGCAAAGAAUUGACUGAAAAGAAAAAGCAGCAUGAGCGUCAGUUAUAUAACACAAAAAUAAUGACUCAAGUACAAGCUAUAUUCGGACAUUUGUAUGGCAGCAAGCUACAGUUUUACAUACCCAAGGGCUUCUGGAAAUCAUUUCGUUUAUGGGGUGAACCUGUGAACUUAAGAGAACAGCAUGAUGCUUACGAGUUUUUUAACACACUUGUUGACAAUAUAGAUGAAGGUUUAAAGUCGGCUGGUUACAAGACUAGUUGUUCAAACGUUCUGGGUGGAUCGUUUGCUGAUCAAAAGAUAUGUAAACAAUGUCCUCAUAGAUAUUCACGUGAGACACCGUUUACUGCUUUAAAUGUAGACGUUCGCAAUCACCAUAAUCUGAUCGAUAGUCUUGAACAGUACGUGAAAGGCGAUCUCCUGGAAGGUGCUAAUGCGUAUCACUGUGAACGAUGCGAUAAAAAAGUAGACACUGUCAAACGUAUGUGUAUAAAAAAGCUGCCGAAAGUCCUUGCCAUUCAGCUCAAAAGAUUUGAUUAUGAUUGGGAAAGAGACUGUGCUGUAAAGUUCAACGAUUAUUUUGAAUUCCCACGAGAGUUCAACUUGGAGCCAUUCACAGUUGAAGGCCUGGCGAGAGUUGAAGGUGAAGUUAUUGAAGAUGACGUAACUGAUACCAUCACAACAAAGAACAAGGAUGUAAAAGAAGAAGACAGCGAACCAAAAAGUACAAUAUACAGACUGAUGGGCGUGGUCGUACAUAGCGGACAAGCCAGUGGAGGACAUUACUAUUCGUACAUAAAACCAAGAAACAAAGUUGAUGGUCAGCACAAAUGGUACAAAUUUGAUGACGGAGACGUGUGUGAAUGUAAUAUGGAUGACGACGAAGAACUGAAAAAUCAAUGUUUUGGUGGAGAAUACAUGGGUGAAGUGUUUGAUCACAUGAUCAAAAGGCGCCAGAAACGAUGGUGGAAUGCCUAUUUGUUGUUUUACGAACGUAUCGAUAUCUUGUGUCAAACGGAUCGUGAAAAUACAUUCACAAAUGGAAGUAUACAAAUGCCACCUGCAAUAAAGAGGUCCGUUCGUAAAGAAAACAUUCAGUUCCUGCACACGAGAACACAAUUUUCUAAUGAAUAUUUUCAAUUUAUGAGAAAGUUGACGUUAGCAAGCCUGAUGCAACAACAAAUUUCUAAUAAGCCGCACGAUCCUGUUCGCGAGGAACUCUGUUUAAUAAGUCUUCAAUUGUUGUCUAAAUUUUUGUUUUCUGUUGGCUUUCACACUAAAAAGAGCAUAAGGGGUCCAGCAAACGAGUGGUAUGAAGCCGUUUCAGUAUUAGUGAGGCAAGGUAUCUCGCUACGUCGAUGGUUUGUUAUUGACGUGUUGUUGGCUCAUCCAGAUCGAAUCAUUGAAUACCUGUUGGAAUGUCCCGUUGCAGAAAUUCGUAGUGCGUUUGGUCGAAUUAUCGUCUUACUUGCACACCUCACUAGGGCUGAUGGCCAGUUUAGUGUGGAGCUGUUGAGCACACCAUUAGAACAAUGGCAAGUAAAAGGCUGUGAGCUUACAAAGUCAACUUUGAGUGAUUAUCUACUGCGUACAGUAUUGGAAGUCUUACAUCGUGAAGGUCCUGAUAACAAUACGAGACAUCUUCUGCAGUACUUUCAGUUAUUUUCUAUGUAUGCAGGGAUAGGCGUGCCAGAGCGCAAACAACUUCUUGAUCUGGGUGUACUACUGACCUUCAUACGAUUAGCGAUUGAAGACGAUCGAACGAAAUAUCAAUUUGCUGAGUUAUCCAAACUUUACUCGCUAGUUUCUGUUUUGAUACGCAGUUGUGACGUCACCAAAUAUAUGAAGUCGUCACAAGAGGGUAUGCCUUCAAAGCCGAAUCCAUUUUUUGAUUCCAUCAUAACCACACCAAUCAUGGAAAUUCCAGCCGAUGUGGAAGGGCUGAUUUACACUAGCAAUUACGUGAAGAAGUUGUUAGAAGAAAGCAACACGUCAGAAGACACUAUACAUUUGAUGAAGUUUUUAAGUUGGGAAUGUUUAAAUUUUUCGCUCAUCGCACUUUCCGAAGUAUUGUUUCAGAUUUCGUACGCGUACACAUACGAACUACGCCCCUUCUUAGACAUUCUGCUUCAUCUCUUGCUAAUGAACGAUUCAUGGCAGGAACACAGAUUGAAAUAUGCCUUCAAAGGUGUUUCUGAUGACAGGGAAGGUUUGUUUGACACCAUCCAACGUUCAAAGUCACACAGUCAUAAAAGAGGAUACCAAUGUAUCAAAGCAAUUGUUCAGUUAACUCAAAACUGUGAUGUUGCACUCCAAAUGCUCAUACAUCAAGACGAUUUAAAAGAAAAGUGGAAGUCUGCUGUUCGAUGGUUGGGUGAUGAGCUAGAAAGGCGUGCGCCGUCAGCAUAUAAUUAUAAUAAUUGGUCGCCGCCGACCCAAUCUAACGAAACGUCAAAUGGGUAUUUCCUUGAGCGAUCGCACAGUGCCCGGUUCACUUACGCUAAAGCAUGUGAGACGUUUGAUGAAGAUGAGGACGAGGAGGAGGAAAACGAAUUAAUGGAAAGUUUAGACCAAUCUAAUGGAAACAUACCGAUAAUGAACGAACGGCCUACGCUCGGCGUGCAUUACGCCACUCAAGACGACACUGUAAAAUGUCCACCAUAUUCCGAAGUCGUUAUGAACAAUCCAGUUUCCCCGAUUGAUUUAAGUAGUACUGAAAACGAACAAGUAGACAGUUCCCUAAUUGAAGAAGAUUCAGAUAAUCAGGCUGAAUAGAUUUUUAGAAAAGCAAUGUUAAUGUGCUGCUUGUCACAAAAAGAAUUGUCGCAUAUUUGAAAAAGAAAAAGCUUCGAGCUAGUUUCCAGUGACACUUUGUACUUGUGCAGACACAGUAUCUAAUGCACAAGUAUUUGUGCGAAAUAUUUUUCUACGUUACUACUGAAUUACCUUUUGCGAUGAAUUUAACAACAACCUGCCGUCGCUAAAAACUGUACCUUUUAUUUUUACACCUAAGUUAACGCCAGUCCAUUUUUACCCCCGAACAAAUUCUCGUAACGCAAAAAAAGCUUCGAAAUUAAAUUGGUAACGUUACAGUACACAGUUUUUUUAAACAAUAUUUUUAGUUUAAAUUCUUUGAACGAAGUAACUUGUGGUUAAUAAAAGGAAAAAUGGAAAAGCAAGGGUGAAAAAAUAAAUAUUUUCAGACAUGUAUCUUUGAACCAAGGUUUCGUACGAAGAACUUCAUUGAACCAAAAGUUUAAAGGGUAGAUUCCACUGCUGCAAUGUAUUGUAUGCAAUAUUGUAGAGUAUACAUAGUUAGCCUCCUUGUUUUGAUUAGGCUUAUAUGGGCAGACAACAAGCAAGGUAGUGGUUAUAUCUAUACAACAGAUUGUAGAAGUUCAAACUAUUCUUAAAUCCGAUUGGCAGAUUAGCUGAACGGGGCAACUAAACACGGAAAUUUGGUCUUCUAGAACUGACACUCACGAAAUUACAAUUGAGCCUGUAAAGUAUAGGAACUUAUUAUUAAGACUCGGCCAAAAUUUUGUGUUGCUUAAAAAAGAAACGUGUGUGAUGUUUUUAGAAUUGAGUUUAUUUUUUUUCGUCCUGUUGCGUCAAUUUGGAUAUUACAUGAAUGCGUUUCCACCAUCCGUCACGAGGAGGAAGUAAAAAUAUUUUUAAAAUAUUAUUUUAUAUUACAACUCGCUUUUGUUGUUGUUUUAAAUGUUGUUUUUGUGUGUGUAUGUUGUUUCGAGUUGUCUUUGAUGAAAGCAUUUGUAAGAUUUUUGUUAAUUCUAUUGUAACGCUAUUAAUUUGAAAAACAUGUUCUCUGUUCUUGAUAAA